AUGUCCUACAAGAGGUCGCGAGGCACAUUUGAGGCCGACAUUGCUGCGCAACAAUCGCCUUAUGUUAUUUUCGGAACUGCCCUCCCUCCUCUCGAUCCCGAGGUCCGCGACGAUGGCUCCUUCGUGCCCGUUUGGAAGCAGGAGGUGAGGGACGAGAGGGGGAGGAAGCGCCUCCACGGCGCUUUCACUGGAGGAUGGAGUGCAGGCUACUUCAACACAGUUGGCUCCAAGGAAGGAUGGACGCCCUCAACCUUUGUUUCCUCGCGUACGAACCGCCACAAGGAUGACUCUCACGCUGCCAGCCAGCGGCCCGAAGAUUUUAUGGAUGACGAGGAUCUCGCAGAUGCCGAAGAAUCCAAGAGAAUCCAGGCCACAGCCGCCUUUACUGGCCUUGGCUCUACCGAGGAUGAUGCCUCGAGAGCGAGCAGCCUCAUGGGCCUUUCUCGUACCGAGAGCGAAACCAUGGGUACAAAGCUCCUGAGGAAAAUGGGCUGGAAGGAAGGUCAAGGAGUUGGCCCAAAGAUCCGAAGGACAGCUCGCCUCGAGCUGCGCAACGACGUAGACGACAAGAGCAAUACCUUUCUUUUCGCACCCGAGAAUAUUCCCAUGAUUGGCUUCACGCGCAAAUUGGAUCGCAAAGGACUCGGGUAUGCCGGGGAGUCUACUUUACUGCCAGCUGGCUUCUCUACCAAGACCAGCGGCUUCAGUGCUGUCCAUGACGACAUCGACGCCGACGAAAACAUUGACGAUCUUAAACAAUCACGAUUCUCCCUUGACCUGGGCCGCAUGAAAAAAGAAAGAGGCCGGGGUGGCAUCGGAAUAGGCGUCUUAAAUGACACCGGAUCCGAUGACGAAGACCACUACGAGAUUGGCCCACGAAUAUCAUAUAACCGAAUAAUAGGGGGUGACCGAAAGAAAAAGAAGGCGGCAGCCCCAACUAACUCAGCUGUCAAAACAAGGCCAACAUUCAUUCCCAAGAAAGCAGGCCUGGGGAGAGUGGCGCUUGGUGUGCGCAAAUGCCACGACGGACGGCUCCCCUUGGAUGGCUUUGUGUUUGGCAAAGAGGCCGACACGUUGUUGUCCACUGUUGGUUCAGAACAAAAAUACCCGCCCCCUGAGAUUCCGGCGGACUGGGUUUCUGCAAAGGUGCCUAAAUUACAAAGUGACCCCAACACUUAUGUAUCGACUGCAGAUGCGGCCAAAGCCUCGACUCUUGAUCCCAAAUCCCGCGCAGCGCUUCUCGGCGAAAAACAGCUUCCUAGCAAAUCUAUCUUUGACUUCCUGUCUCCAGCCGCCCGGGACCAUCUAGCUUCUGUCACUGGCAAGACUGACCUACCGGAAGCUCGAGGGGGGGUCCCAGCGGGCUAUGCGCUCACCGAAGCAGACCGCCUGCAGAAUCUGAUAAACCAAAUCCCAAAGAUGGAUAUGGAGACCGCCAUUGCUGCUAUUUCCCGUGGUGUAGGUGUCGGCGCUCCAUAUGCGGAAGACGAACAGAAGCGGUCAAGAUACCGGGCGUAUCUCGAGUACCAGGCCGGUUUCAACAAGAAUCCUCCACAGAAACCAAGUCAAACUAGUACCGAUGAUUGGCUAAGAGAACUAAAAGAGUUCUUCGAAUGCGCGAGGAUAUUUAAGCCCAUGACAGGCCUGAUGGCUAGCCGGUUCACAACAUCGUCCUCCUCCACGAAACUCACAGCCGGCUCGCGAGACGACGUGGGAGAUAAGGACGUGCUUUCUAGGCCUCCCGCAAAGCCGCAAGACCCAGCAGAAGAAGCCGCAAAGCUUGGCAUGUUUGGGCCUUUGACAAGGUCUGUUGUCAAUUUUUAUCCCACGAGGCUGCUAUGCAAGAGGUUCAACGUCAGACCGCCGGCGCAUGUUCAGCCAGACCAAGAACCAGCGGGCUCUGGCAGAGCCAGAAACGAGGCCCCGCCUCACAACGACGCGUAUGAUGAGCAAAGGGCCUCCCGCCCGGAGCUCCUGGCUUUGAAAUUCGGAUCAGGUUCAUACUCGAGCCCUCCAGCUGCAGUCCUCAGAGACCCGGCGUCUGUUACAGAAGCCGAGGCCAUUGUCCAAAAGCAAGCCGACAAACCUGCCAUUGACUCAACAAGAAAUGAUGCUUUGGAGGGCGCAAAGGCCGGGGAAGACGUUUUCAAGGCUAUUUUUGGAGAUAGCGACGAUGACGAUUGA